GGGCGCCCUGCUGCGCAUGCGCGCUGUGUGCAGGGUGAGGGGCUGUGGGGGGGUCCGGCCUGAGGCGCUCGCUCUCUCCGUAGCGGCGGCACCGGCACCGCGGAGCGUAACGACAGCGGCUGUGGGAGCGGGCCGGGCCGCAGCCGGUAUGGGGCGCUGCUGGGGCCGCCCUCCUCGCAGGGUCCCGCUGUCCCGCGGGGCCUGUAGGGGCGGCCGCGGCGUGAGGAGCCGCGGCGGGCGGCGGCAGUGAAUGGGCGUCGCGGCGGAGCGGGACGAGCCGGAGCCGCCGCCGUGAUGGCUCAGGAGAAAAUGGAGCUGGACCUGGAGCUGCCGCCGGGGAGCGCCGCGGCACCGAGCGACGGCGGCGGGCUGAGGAGAUCCAACAGCGCCCCCCUCAUCCACGGCCUCAGUGAUAACUCACAGGUGUUCCAGGGCAGCGUUCUGCGAACCCGCAGGAACAGCACCACGGUUAUGAAUCGUCACAGUCUGUUUGUGCCAUCAUCGCCUAUCCGUAUUCCUAGCAGCCGUCUUCAUCAAAUCAAACAGGAAGAAGGAAUGAACUUGAUGAACAGAGAAACAGUCCAUGAAAGAGAAGUGCAAGUAGCAAUGCAGAUGAGCCAGUCAUGGGAGGAGAGCUUGAGCCUGAGUAACAAUGAUUUUGAAAAAUCAUCAUCACCAAAGCAAGUAGACUUUGUCCCAGUCUCUCCAGCUCCUUCACCUACCAGAGGAAUAGGGAAGCAAUGCUUCUCACCAUCUCUGCAAAGUCUGGUGAGUAGCAGUGGAUUACCUCCCAGUCCUAGCCCAAGUCCAACAAGGCGAUUUUCAAGCAGGAGAAGCCAGAGUCCAAUUAACUGCAUUCGACCAAGUGUUCUUGGACCAAUAAAAAGAAAAGGUGUAACUGAAAUGGAAGAUCAUCCAAAAAGGUUAUUCCAAGGCUCCACCAACAUGCUUUCCUCUGAAGCUUUGCACCAGCCAGACCUUGGUGGAUGGUAAUUGCCACUCUGUUGUGCAGUUUGUUGGCGCACACCCUUGAUGACAACAGAAGCAGUGCAGGCUCUUCCUGUGACUCACCAGCUGAAGCUGGAGCCAGCACCGGCUCUCCAGUGUCACUUUCUGACUCCAGGUCUCCAUUUUUACCAGUAGAUCUUACAGCUAAGUUACCUAUCGAUUGAGAAGCGAAUAUCUGCUAAUGGAUACCAAGAAACAGACUGGAUAUCAAUAAGGCUUCCUGUUGUGUGUAACUGAGUCUUUUAUGUGAUUCUGUUCCUCAUAGGAACUUCCAGAAAUGUCAUUAUUUCGAGACAACUUCCAGAAUAGUUCCUUGAGGAGGAAUUCAUGUUUCUAGUGACUUGUAUGAUGUUUACUGAAAUACAGUAAGCAUUUUGAAUUGCAAACAUAGUCGAUGCUGACAUCAGUAUCCAAGCUGUUGAUUUCCCAUGGAUUUAUUCCUGUUGGUGUAAGUUACAAAUACUGCAUGCUUGCAGAAGACUUGGCUCUCCAGCAGACAAGAGGCGGCGUCCUUGCUACUAUGAAGUGGUGCUUUGUGUAGUGACAUAAUUCACAUUUGUCCUCAGUCUUAGAUCGAUGAAGCAGCUUACUAAUUUGUUUUUAUUCCCUCAGUGUACAUUAGGUUGUUUUGCUGUUGCUCUUCAUAUAAAAGAAGGAAUAUUGGGGGGUAGGGAGAGGAGUAAUUGAUCCCUGUAUUCUGUUGGGAUCGACUUACUAAAUUCUGUUGUUCUAAUUAGAUUCCAAAAGAACGAGCUGGUGUAUUGUCAUCUUAGAUGUGUGUCUUGGAUUUUACUCAUGAUCAGGACUGCUGUUGUGACUAAACCCAAAGUUAAUGUGGAACCUUCUGGGUUUUUGUGAUUUUUAUUUUUUUUUUUCCUUCAUUUACAUGAUGUAUUAGAGUGGUAGAAGCUCCAUUAAUCUUUUAAUUGGGAAGAACAGUUAUCAUGCUUAGCACAAAACAUUAAGUUGUGAGUUCUUAGUAUUUAGUACUCCAGAAGUGCAUUAUUUUAACUCAGUAUUUGUCCUUGUGUGUGACUUUGGAUGGAUGAAAACAAAGAGGGACGAUGAACGCUUUUGUACAGGUUCAGGUGAUCAGAUCAGCUCAGAAUUUAAUCUCUUGAUGUUACUGCAUUGAAUAAGAGCACCAGGGUUUUUCUGCUGUUGUAAGCUUUAGGUGCUGGUUGGAAGUUGGAGUUUGGUGAUCUGCCAUGCUUCAGGCUUCUUGUACUCUACUGAAAAUGCCAUUGGAUUGAGACAUCCUGAUUUCACCCUGAAAUUCACCAGACAAGAAGAAAAACUUGUAAACCAGCAUAGAGAACCGUUUCAAAUAUUCCUGUGGCAACCUCAUUUUGGUGGUUGACUCCUGGUACGGAAUUGAACUUCUCCAGCUGGAUCCCUGUCUGUACAUGUGUAUGCAUCUGUACCAUGUGGUUGCAAGCCUUCUCUCCAGAGAGGUCAAUAAUGGAGCAAAAUGUUUGUUUUUUGAAUGCUAAAUGUGAAGAUUGGAAGGGUCCUCAAGUAGGAGAGAAGCCCAGUUUGAAUUCUGCUGGGACAUAUUCACGUGGAUGGAGCUUUGGACAGCAGCCAUCAGAAGUAGAAAUGGAUGACUUACUGCCUAGUGACUUCAGGACCAACAACUACUAGGUACCUUUAUUGUAGGAAAAAAAAUAGAACCUAUUUAACAGCUUUACACUGUUCAAGUAACGUAUGUCAUGGUUUGCUUCUGAUUUAAUUCCUCUUAAAUUAUUGCAGUAGCCAACUUCUUGCCUGCAGAUUCUUCUUCUGUUAUUAUUCAGACUGUCCUUUGCCCUGUGGCCAAUGGAUGAACCUGUGUGUGGUGUCUCCUUGCCAUCUAAUAUGGCCUAGUUUCCUUUUGGGAUUUCAGAUGAUGUGCCAAAGAGUUGCUGUGUGCUCACUCUUCUGUGGUGAGGCCAAGACUGACUUUUUCAUCUUACUUUCUUCUUAAGAAUGGGCCCCCGGGUGUCCCAAUCUUAUAAGGAAGAUGCGUUGGUUCGGGGGGUUUCAUGGCUGUGUGUAAAUCCACUGUCUUUUUUUUCUGUUGGAUAUUUAUGCUUUUCAAAUAAGUGCCAAUAAAUGGAACAAAUAUAUACAUGUUUUUCUUUCUAACUCAGAGUAUCUGUUGUAUCACGUUUCCACCCUUGUCUACCUAAGCGUUGAAGUUGGCACUAAAAUCUGCAGCACAGCUCUUGGAAAACAAAUGUUUCCAAAAGGUGAUCUUCGUGCUUUACCUUCCCAGUUGCCCAGGGAAUGUUGAUAACCGUGCCAGUGCUCAGGGGACUGUAUUUUUGGAAUGAGCACUUACUGCAUUUAGCAGAGGAAUAGAUACUUCGUGGUGGGAUGGUGAUAUAAAUGCCAGGAAAAACGAGCCAGUGCAUCAGCCAGAUUAAUUUUGCUGGGGUCUUCUGCGUGUUGUCAGCAAGCCGGUUCAUCAGAAUACCCAACAGCUGUCCUCCUGACGAUUAGCAUGAGAACCUAAUCCCAAACUUGUUCUUUUCACCUUUCUUCAGAAGACUGGCCUGUAAGUGAUAGCGAACUUGCACAAACAAAAUAGAUCUGCAAAGUCUUAUGUGUUCCUGCAAGGCCAAUCUUGUGAUUCUCGGGUCAGUUGUGUGUUUGUGAGCCCAGUGCUGCUGAUGAAACCACUGAAGACAGGAGUGACUGCUGGAGCUCCACCAGCGAGCUUCAAGCUACGUAACAGCUUGAGCAUUUCUUAGCAGUUGUCACUUCAGAAGUGUUCACUUUGUUGUUGUGUGUUUGCAUAUGUUGCAGUCGGAACUUAAAAUAGAGAGGCUCAGGAGCUGCUAUUACAAUAUGUGAGCUCUUCGUACCCCGUCUCAUCACCAGCUGCCAGAUGGAGUUAAGGUUGUUCCCUCUUCUCAUCAGCAGAGUUAACAUGUUUGUAAGUGUCACUGAAUGUUUCCAGUUAAAAUGCUGUAACUAAAACCCUCUUGAUCCACAGAGGAGCACUUUGCUCCAAACAUACUUUUCAAUAACCAGGUAUAAAAGUUGCCACUUCGCUUCUUUGUGUAUUGUCUGUUUUACAAGGAUCAUGUUGCGGAUGGUUUUAUUGCUCUUAACCUAUAAAAGUGCUGUCUUCUCA